UUUCGAAUUUACAAAAGCGGAUCGGAGGGACCUGUCCUGCUGCUGUUACACGGCGGGGGCCAUUCUGCUCUCUCCUGGGCUGUGUUUACUUCUGCAAUCAUUAACAGGAUCCAGUGUAGGAUUGUGGCUUUGGAUCUCCGAGGCCAUGGAGAAACUAAAGUUAGGAAUCCUGAAGAUCUGUCUGCAGAGACAAUGUCCAAAGAUGUUGGAAACGUGGUGGAAGCUCUGUACGGGGACCUUCCCCCCCCCAUCAUGCUGAUCGGGCACAGCAUGGGGGGUGCCAUCGCGGUGCACACGGCAGUGGCCAAUUUGGUGCCAAGCUUACUGGGUCUGUGCAUGAUCGACGUGGUGGAAGGUACGGCCAUGGAUGCGUUGAACAGCAUGCAGAACUUCUUAAGGAGUCGUCCCAAAACAUUCAAGUCACUUGAGAAUGCCAUCGAGUGGAG